AGAGGAUUCUGAAGAAUGUCUCAGCCUCACAGGCCACUUUGAUGAUGCGAGCGCGGGUGCAGUUCGUCACUGGUACCCCUGAAUGCAGCUCAGAGAGUCCAGCCUCUUUGUAUCAGGAUUGAUGCUUGUGGUGGCGUUGUGGUAACCAGGACGUGAGUGGACAGCAGGACAUCCAGGAGGACAGCAUCUCUGAAUAUUUGACCUUUCACACGAAGAUAACUUUAAAUAAAUAAAUUCUGACUUCAAUUUAUGAGAUUUGCUGCACAACCAACUCCAGAUACCACAUUUUCAAAUUUUUGACCUCAGCCUAGAUUUGAAUUCUUUGGCGACCAUGUCCAGGAGAAAGGUGAGGGGCCUGACCCGAACGGGCCGCCAGGUAAGUGAGGACCCCGACCUGGACACCCUGCUGUCCACCCUCUCCCCUGAGGAGAUGGAGGAGCUGGAAAAGGACAUGAUGAAGGUGCCCGACCUUAAACCAGAGGAUGGGGCGAUCAUCGUCCAGGGGGAGAGCCAAGGUUUUCAGCCGUCUACCACCAACAACUUGUUGGAUGCUAAAUGUGACAGCAGACGGCAGAGUGACACUAAAGGGAGGCUCAGUCAGAGGGACCAGUCAUUUGAGGGUGAUCCGAAGAAGGAGAGUCGCAAGCAAGAGUAUUUGAGAAAGAUGGGCCUGAGCCAGGAGGGCAGUGAGGACAUCAAUGAUGGGCUACAAAGACAGGCCAGUGACUCCAGUGAAAGAGAUGCCAAGGUGGACAACAGGAAUGGCAAGGGCCCUGAAAGAUCAAAGGAGGAGAGCAGCCAGGUUUCUGGUAGAUACAGGAAGCAGCCUUGCAAAGGCAUCGAUGCAAAAGAGAAAAAUGAUGAAGAGAAAUGUGAAGACAACAGGCUGAGAGACAGAAAAGAAACCAGGGAGAGCAGUGGCAGUAAAACCAAGGAUAUGAUCUCCAGACUACAGGAGAAGAAGGAAGACAGCAGAGAAAAGGAGAGAAGAGAGGACGGCAAAAGAAGAGAUGAGAGCAAGACCAAAGACAUUAUCUCAAAGCUGCGAGAGAAAAGUGAAAAGGAAAAGGAGAGAAAAUCAGAGAGCAUCAGAACACAAGGACUAGUCUCCAAAUUGGUGGAGAAGCAGAGCAGAGCAAAGGAAAGCCCGGAGAGUAAAUCAGAGGAGAGGCCAAAGGCCAAAGCCGAGGAGAAGAAAGCUCAAGAUAAAAGCAAAAGUGAUGUCAGGCUUGAGCGCCCCCUGACUGAGGAAGGUGACACGCGCGUGAAGCAUGACAAGGCAGAACAAAGAACGGACAGGGAGGAGCUGGUCAACCACACUGACCAUGUGAAAGAGAAGGUGAAGAAAACAGACGAGGAAAAGAAACCAGAGGGGGAAAAGGAAGGAGAUGAGAGUAAAGAAAACGUUAGCAAAGCAACAGAAUCGGUGAAACUUGGCAACUGUGUUUCCAAAAACACCCCAAACAGCAAGACAAAGGAGGAAGAGGUGGAUGAAGACGCAAGCAUGUUUGACGAACUGAUGGAGCAAGUACGCAGCAACGACCCCUCCCUCACUGAGCUCAAUGUCAACAACUCAGAGGUCAUCAAGACCAAAACGCUCAUUGAGUUUGCAGAGGCGUUGCACAACAACAGCCACGUGAAAACAUUUGCUCUGGCCAACUGCCGUGCAGACGACCACGUGGCUUACGCCAUCGCUGGCACAAUACGCAACAACGACACCAUCACCAGCAUCAACAUUGACUCCAAUCAUCUCACUGGCAAAGGCAUCCUGUCUCUGAUUCAGGCCCUGCAACAUAACUCCACGCUGACAGAACUUCGCUUCCAGAACCAGCGUCACAUCUGCGGCGGCAAGACCGAGAUGGAGAUGGUGAAAAUUCUGAAAGAGAACACCACCCUCCUCAAACUGGGCUACCACUUUGAACUGGCGGGGCCCAGAAUGACCACGACAAACAUACUGAGUCGAAACAUGGAUCGGCAGAGGCAGAAGCGUCUGCAGGAGCAGAAACAGGCUCAGGCUAAUGGGGAGAAGAAGGAGUCACUGGACGUGCCCAAGUCAGGAGGAGGGGGCUCCCUGAGGAGCUCACCCAGAGCGUCCCCCAAACCUUCUCCCCUACCCUCACCUAUGCCCUCACCAAAGCUGACGCCAAAGAAGAGAGCAGGAGGACCCGCUCCACCGCCACCACCACCUCCUCCUGGUGGUGGACCUCCACCUCCUCCUCCACCUCCUAUGAUUGAUGGAGAUACCCCAAAGAACUCUCCUAGUCGUGGUAAAAACUCCAGGGACCAACUGCUCGCUUCAAUCAGAGGAAGCAACAUUAUGCAACUCAAGAAGGUGCCAGUACCAAAAUGGCUGCAGUAAAGGUUCUUGUUGGAAUGUAAAGCCUGAAAAGAACUUAGGAAGAACCAACAUAGGGGGCGGGGGGUAUCAUGGAACCCUGGCUGCAGCUGAAGAGUUGUACUGGAGAAUGUGAAACAGCGCCAUCAUCAGUUGAAUGAAAUGCCCUAACAAUGACUUCUUCCCUCACACACUGGACCAAAAAGACCCUGUGGAGAAUGAGUGAUGUGGGGCUUCACGUAAGACUGCCACCUGUUGGCGGUUGAUUGUCUGUAGUUCAGAAUGAUGCUUUGCUGGUUAUUUGCACUAGAUGAAUAUGAAGCCGGUCACAUAACAUGUUGGCUCGUGUAUAUUGGAAAGUUAGCCUGGCAGGAUAGGAGAUUUAAAAAAAAAAAAAAAUUCUAAUAUACAUCAUUUUAUCAAUGAUAUUUGAUAUGUAUUUAUUUACAGACAGUGGAGCCAGCGCAUAGCUGUCGCUU